CAUCGACAACCAUCCACUACUUUAUCUUUCCAUCUUCAAGUCGACUUAAUCCAUCAAACCUAAACAUCUAAAAUGGCUAGAACCAAGCAGACUGCCCGUAAGUCCACUGGUGGCAAGGCUCCCCGUAAGCAGCUCGCCUCCAAGGCCGCCCGCAAGGCCGCCCCCUCCACCGGCGGUGUCAAGAAGCCUCACCGUUACAAGCCCGGUACCGUCGCUCUCCGUGAGAUCCGUCGCUACCAGAAGUCCACCGAGUUGCUCAUCCGCAAGCUCCCCUUCCAGCGUCUGGUCCGUGAAAUCGCCCAGGACUUCAAGUCCGACCUCCGCUUCCAGUCCUCUGCCAUCGGUGCUCUCCAGGAGUCCGUUGAGGCCUACCUCGUCUCCCUCUUCGAGGACACCAACCUGUGCGCCAUCCACGCCAAGCGUGUCACCAUCCAGUCCAAGGACAUCCAGCUCGCCCGUCGUCUCCGCGGUGAGCGCUCGUAGAUUCAUUUAAUCUAAAUGAGUCGAUUCUCUUGCACUGGUUGGCCUUUAUGGGAUGGCGAUAACGGGGUUCUUGCUUUGUUUUUCAUGACUACUGGCGAUACAUGAUGGGUUCUUUUCUUUUGCGAAUUUCACAAUGGGUCUCGGCAAAUGGGUUUUGUGAUUUCUUGCUGCGCAAUAAAUAGUAG